UCUCAUAUAUGACUUCUCCAUAUACAUUAUGCCCCCAUGCAUCUCUGCAAUUCAACUCUCCCACACGCAAAGAUAAAAAGCCAUUGAUCCCAAUAACCCUCCAAAGUGGCACAGGCCCCCUCCCCUUUACUUUCACAUUUCAAACUUUUCUUCUCCCUUUCCAUCACUCAGCUCGCAUAUUUCAGAGCCAUUAAAAGGAGCUGAGAACUUAAAAGUGCGGUUAUCUUAGGGAUUUUGUCGUUCUUUCAUCUUUCAAUUCUCAGAGAGAUGAAAGUGCCCGUUGCUUCAAAUGAAAACUGGAACUCCGCUGCCGGGAACGGGUGGUACGAGCCCAAGUCGGUUCUUGAGCUCCGGCGAAGCCCCAGCCCUGUUCUCGACCAGAAGGCGGCGCCGGCGGGAAACUUUGAUGUCUCCGAUGACCCUCUUGAGCUGGCUGAUAAUUUGCUGACUAACUUCGAAGAUUGGGACUCUUUUAUGAAGGAGUUGGGUUUGCAAGACGACAGAAAUAUAAAGCCGGAUCAUAAUCUCCUCUUCACCCCCUCCUCCGAGUCACAGACUCAUCAGUUCGAGUUCACUCACUCGCUGCCGGAGUUCGUGCCUUCUUCAGAUUUCAAUUUCUCACAAUUCCAGGGAAAUAUUAAUUCGUUUGAUGAAAACUGGAGCUUUGGAUUUGAUUACAUCGACGAGUUGAUCCAGUUCGCCGAGUGUUUCGACUCCAACGCCGUCCAGCUCGCGCAGGUGAUUCUGCCGCAGCUCAAUCAGAAGCUGAGUUCCGCCGCCGGAAACCCGCUCCGGCGAGCUGCCUUCUACUUCAAGGAAGCGCUUCAGUCCCUACUCACUGGGUCAACUCGCCCCGCUUCGAGUUCUUUUGAGGUUAUUCAGACCAUUAAAGCUUAUAAGAUCUUUUCCAAUAUUUCUCCUAUUCCCAUGUUCUCCAGCUUCACGGCUAACCAAGCCAUGCUGGAAGCCGUCGACGGCGCAAUGCUCGUCCACGUCAUCGACUUCGAUAUCGGCUUCGGCUCCCACUGGGCUUCCUUCAUGAAAGAGCUAGCCGAUAAAGCCGAGUCUACCCACACCAAGCCGCCGAUUCUCCGCGUAACGGCUCUGGUGCAGGAGGAGUACGCCGUGGAGUCGCGGCUGAUCAGAGAGAAUUUGGCUCAGUUUGCGCGGGAACUGAACAUCGGCUUGGACGUAGAUUUUGUGCUAAUCCGUACAUUCGAGCUUUUAUCUUUCAAAGCUAUCAAGUUCAUAGACGGAGAAAAGAUCGUCGUGUUGUUAUCUCCGGCAAUUUUCCGGCGGGUCGGGUCGGGGCAGUUCGCCGCCGAUCUCCGUCGGGUGUCUCCGCACGUGGUGGUGCACGUGGACAGUGAAGGGGUGGUGGGGCCCGGACCUUCGUCUUUCCGGCAGACGGUGAUUGAAGGGCUGGAGUUUUACUCCGGCCUCUUGGAGUCUCUGGAGGCGGCGAACGUCGGCGGAGAUUGGAUUAAGAAGAUUGAGAAUUUCGUGUUGUUUCCGAAGAUUGUGGAGACGGUUGGGGCUGCCGGCGGCCGCGGGAUGACGUGGAAGGAGGCUUUUGUGGCGGCCGGGUUUCGGCCGGUGGGUUUGAGUCAAUUUGCUGACUUUCAGGCUAACUUAUUGCUCGGAAAGGUGCAGAUUGGAGGGUUCCACGUGGCAAAGAGACACGCCGAGAUGUUGCUCUGUUGGCAUGAUAGGGCCCUCGUCGCCACGUCAGCUUGGAGGUGAUGAUUUAUAUAUCCUUGUACACAACAUACAUUCCUAUCCUAGGUUAGGGCUCAGCUCGGUGGAGAUGAUAAUGAAGAUAACAUAUGCAACCUAAUCACAAUAUCCUUUUUAAUUUAAGGGUUUGUCCUUUGUAAUUUGUAGCUUAAGCUUGGUUUUAAUUACCUCAAACUUGGUGUUAAUUGAAUAUCUUUAUAUUUUCUGAUUAA